AUGCUGGUGAGUUCCAAAAAGUCGUGCACAUCUGCAAGCAAUGAUGCAGUGCCCUCGACACCGCUGAUUUCAGUAUCUGCUGCACCAGAUUCAGCAACGCAAUCAGCUAUAACAGCUCAACCAACUUCAGCAGGUCAAUCAGCCUCAACAGCUCAAUCAACGUCGGUUCCAUUAAAUUCGGCGAAAGACGUGGAAGAAGCACGAGCGACUUGUCGCUUGCUGCCUUAUAAACCAAAUUAUGAAAGUAGGAAUGCUUAUCGACAUUACUAA